AUGUUCGAUUGUGGGAUAAGCAGCGUUGAUUUGCACGAAGGGCAGUUUGUGGUGACGAAGACAACGAAACUACGAGAGGGUGUUGUGACGGUGCAGCUGUUGGAGUACGAGAUGAAGGAGGGGCUGAUAAUGCCAAGUGAGUUGAGCAGAAAGAGAAUCAAGAACGCAUCUCAGGCUACCAAAAUAGGAAAGACAGAAGUGUGUCAGAUCAUAAAGAUAGAAGGAGGCAACAUCGACCUGAGUUUGAAGCAGGUUGAUGAGAAGGAGAAGACGGAGGCAAUGACGCAGUUUAAGCAGAACAAGCUGGCCUAUGGAAUAGCAGAGAAGGCAGCAAAGAAACUCAGUCUCAAAACAAGGGCAGUUUAUUCAAAAUUAAAGGGGCGUAUUGAACAAUAUGGGGAAUUGUACAACUUUCUGGCUGCGGUGAAAGAGAAUACGGAAAUCAUAGACACAGGCUGUGAUUACGAGAGGGUGUUGGUUGAGGUGAUUACGAACGAGUUCAAGCCAGAAAAGGUGAAGAUUAGGGCGGAUGUGGAUGUGAACUGCUACAAGAGCAAUGGACUGGCUAAGAUCAAGGAGGCACUUGCUGCUGGUGAAGCAGCAGAAGCAGAGGUGGAGAUCUGUUUGUUGAAUACGCCGACAUUCUCAAUCACAACAACGAGCAACAGCAAAGAAGAGGGCUUUGAGAAAGUCAGAAACGUGAUGGAUGUGAUAAGAAGCAAAAUUGAGGAAUCAAAGGGCACAUUCAGCAUAAUGUCAGAACCAAAAAUAUACGGGGAGAAGACAAAGCACAACAAGCUGAAAUUCAAAGAAACGGUCUCUGAUGACAGCAACUCAAGUGACUCUGAUGAAUAA